AAAAACAGACAUUGCAGCUGUAGAGAUUCCGUUACUUUUAAAAACACUGUGUGCGUUUCCGGCCUGUCCAAUAAACAAAAUGUGACUAAAUGUCUUGGUUGUUAAAUAUGUUUUAUUGCACUGAAAUGAAAAUAAGAAAUAAAUAAAAGUGGGAAAUAAAAAAAAUAGUAAUAGCCUACUAAAAUGCUUGCAAUCAACAGUUAAAUAAAUAGGCCUUGUUUGUUUAGUGCAAAAACAAAUAUUAAAUUAAGAAACGCUUAACAAAUGCCAACAUAAAAACGAAAUGUUCUGUAGCAAAGAAAAUGUAAACUUAAAUAUGCAAACAAAAAGAAAAUAAAUACCUUCAAAAUAAAACAAAUAAAUUAAGAGCCAGAAAUGCCAACAUAAAAACUAAAUGUUCUGUAGCCUACGUUUAAAAAUAUAACAAAGAAAAUAUUAACUUAAAUGUGCAAACAAAAAGAAAAUAAAUAGGCUACCUUAAAUAAAACAAAACAAAUAUUAAACUAAGUGCCAGAAAAGCCAACAUUAAAACUAAAAUUUCUGUAGCUUACAUUUAAAAAUAUAAAAAUGGAAAUAUCAACUUAAAUAUGCAAUAAAAAAGAAAUAAAUAGCUUAAAUAAUAUAAAAAUCAAGAUAAAUAAUAGCCCAUGUAUAUGUACAUACAUUAGUUAUUAUUUUUAUUUUAAAUCUUCUCAAACAGCCUGCCCUACACUUUACGCCCGCCCCUCCCCCUCGCGUCGCUGCUGCUCAGCCUUGCCCUGCACUGACUUUCUUUCUGUCUCCUCUACUCUCAUAACUUCAUGUGUUGAGAUAAUGUGUGUGUUUGUUUUCAUGUGGCUUGAGUCAACAUUAGCCGUUAGCUUGGAGAAUGAAUGGAGAGCGGAUGCCAAUGGCAUGAAACAUAUCCCCGCGACGGGAGGAGAAUCACUCGCGGCAUUGGGGCAAGCAGAGCAGAGAGCGAGAGCGUUGUCGUUCACUGAGUGAUUCAUGUCGUUAAUCCGCGGUGAACGAAUCGUUCGCUCAGUCCCUCCCCCCGCCCCCAUGAUGAGUAGCUGGCUGCGUCGUUCGCCGACGUCACAGAAUGCGCCAGUUCCACUCAUACCGGCAUGGUCGCGGCGGAGCUCAACUGAACUGAGAAAGGAACGAAUCAGUUCAUGAAGUGAUUCGGUUCAGUACGUUCACUCAAAAGAUUCGUUCGUUCGAACGAAUCGUUCGCGAACGACACAACACUACUGGGCAUGCGUAUGCAUGCGCGUCAACGCUAAAGUGUCUCUCGGACUGUAAACUUAUCCCGUGUAGACAGUCACUCGCGCUACAAGUAAGAAUGAUAUUAAAAUGUGUUUCUUUAAUUGUGUCUUUUGACCUAUAAGUACGUAAAGGGGACGGCGUGGCGCAGUGGAAGAGUGGCCGUGCGCGACCCGAGGGUCCCUGGUUCAAUCCCCACCUAGUACCAACCUCGUCAUGUCCGUUGUGUCCUGAGCAAGACACUUCACCCUUGCUCCUGAUGGGUGCUGGUAGCGCCUUGCAUGGCAGCUCCCUCCAUCAGUGUGUGAAUGUGUGUGUGAAUGGGUAAAUGUGGAAGUAGUGUCAAAGCGCUUUGAGUACCUUGAAGGUAGAAAAGCGCUAUACAAGUACAACCCAUUUAUCAUUUAUUUAUUUAUAAACACUUACAGCGCGAGGAAGUUCACGACAUUGACUCAAAUAUUGGUAGCCCACAGCAACUGGUAGUUUUUCACGAACGAAGCUCAUUUCGACAGAACACUGGAAGUAGCACAAAACGUUACUUAGACGGCUAAUGAGCGCCUUCAGAUGGUGGGUAUCGUCAGAAAACAUUUUGCGUGGUCUAAAACAUCAUUUAGAAGCGUCCGAUACUGUCCUUUUUCUUCUAAAAUACCACGCUGUACACUAGCUAGCGAGCUAGCUUAACUAUGACUUCACUCCGUCCUCAGCAAGAUGGCCGCCGUGCUCAAGCUUGACGAUUGGGCGUUGCUAGGCAACUUCAAUAGCAAUGUACCAAAAGGAGAACGAGAAGGACAGGAGCUGGACAAGUUGCUAAGCUAUCAGCUUUCUGGUGGUAAAAUGGGCUCUGAGUCAGUCAAGGUGGUGGUCAGGUGCAGGCCUCUAAACGACAGGGAGAAGGCACUGAGUUCAAAGAUGAUUGUGACCGUGGACCUGCAGCGCUGCCAGUGUUUCAUAAAAAAGCCCUCAUCGACAGACGAGCCUGCUAAACAAUUCACCUUUGAUGGGACUUACUUCACUGAUCAAACCACAGAGGAGAUGUACAACGAGAGUGCCUAUCCGUUGGUGGAGGGGGUCACAGAGGGCUACAAUGGCACCAUAUUUGCUUAUGGUCAAACAGGAAGUGGCAAGUCCUUCACCAUGCAAGGGGUGGCUGAGCCUUCGGCCCAGAGGGGCAUCAUCCCACGAGCCUUUGAGCACAUUUUUGAGAGCAUUCAGUGCGCAGAAAAUACCAAAUUCCUGGUAAGAGCAUCCUACCUGGAGAUUUACAAUGAGGACAUUCGAGACCUACUAGAGAACGACACCAAGCAGAGAUUAGAGCUGAAAGAGCACCCGGAGCGUGGGGUGUAUGCGCGGGACCUCUCCAUGCACACUGUGCACAGUGUGGCCCAGUGCCAGACCAUCAUGGAACGGGGCUGGAGGAAUCGAGCUGUAGGCUUCACGCUGAUGAACAAAGACUCGUCCCGCUCACACUCCAUUUUUUGCAUCCACCUGGAGAUGUGUCACACUGACGCUGAAGGCCAGGGUAAUCUACGAGCCGGGAAACUCAGCCUGGUGGAUCUGGCAGGAAGCGAGCGUCAGUCCAAAACCGGCGCGACCGGCGAGCGCCUGCGUGAGGCCACCAAGAUCAACCUGUCGCUCUCGGCACUGGGAAACGUCAUUUCAGCCCUGGUGGAUGGGCGCUCCAAAUACAUCCCCUACAGGGACUCCAAGCUGACCAGGCUGCUGCAGGACUCCCUGGGUGGGAACACCCGGACUUUGAUGAUUGCCUGUCUCUCCCCCGCAGACAACAACUACGAAGAGAGCCUUAGCACGCUGCGCUACGCUAACCGCGCUAAAAGCAUCCAGAACCGGCCGUGCAUCAACGAGGACCCAAAGGAUGCUCUGUUGCGAGAGUAUCAGGAGGAGAUCAGGAAGUUACGGGCCCUCAUCUCAGGCCAGCUGGGCUCUGCUAACCUUCCAUCUCUCAUGUCAGGGCUUCCAGCAGAGACGCAACAUCCUAGCAACACUGAGGGCGAAAAAGAGAUUAAAAAGGACUACGAAGACAGGCUGGCCAGGUUGCAGGCCGACUUCAGCGCAGAGCAGAAGUCCAAGGCCAAGCUGCAAGAGGACAUAGCAGCCCUGCGCUCCUCCUACCAGACCAAACUGUCUCACCUGGAGAAAGUCAAAUCCAGCGGGGGGCGCUCGGCCGCAGAGAACGUGAGCUCCAGCAGCGUGACAGAAGAGGAGCGUUCCCAUCUCAACGCCCAGACAUCACCCGGCAGCACAAACCAGUACACCUCAGAUGAGGUUGCGGUGCAGCUGAUCCAGUCGACUGUGCCCUGUGACGCUGCUGCUGCUGCCGCCGCCGCCGCCGUCCAAAUAAGUCCAGGUGGAGUCACAGAGACACCUGGAGAUCUGGAGCAGAAAGAAGCCCUAGAGAGGCUGCAGAGGUUGGAGCAGGUGGUGGUCGGUGGGGAGCAGGCCCGAAACAAAGAAUUCCAGCAACGACAGCGACAGAGAAGGAAGGUGGCUGAUCAGAGGAAAGCUCAACUUGUCAAAGCUUUGUCUGAAAACAGUGAGGAGAGCGACAACGUGCUCUUCAGCGUCUACGACUCCAUCCAGGAGGAGGUCCACGCCAAAGGCCAGAUGCUGCUCAAGGUCCAGGGAAAGCUCAAAGCGGCAAAACUGGAGAUCCGUGACCUGCAGGCCGAGUUUGAGGAGGAGAGGAAUGACUACCUGGCCACCAUCCGCCGCCUGGAGCGCGAGGGACAGCUCCUGCAUGGCCUGCUGGAGAGGAUGACCCCCCUGGUGCGCCGCGACUGCAACUACAGCAGCCUGGACCGCCUGAAGAUAGAGGCCGUCUGGGACGAGGAGAGCGUCACCUGGAGACUUCCAGAUGUGACGGUCCAGAGGACGACGCUGCCUACAGCAGUGGCUCCAAAGCUCUCCCCUCCCAGAAGCCUGGCUGCUGAGACAGAAGCGUUAGUGGUGGACGACGACAGGUACAAGCAGAUGCUGGAUCGCAGUGACAGUGAGAACAUCGCCAACACCUACUUUAGGUCAAAGAGGGCCAACCAGCUUCUUGGGGGCCAAACAACCAAGGGACACGCCACAUACUCCCCCUCCUUCCUCAGCGCGAACACAAGCAUGGAGUCUGCCAUGCCCCGCCCCUUCCGUCUGGAGUCCCUGACUGUCCCCGCAUCCACUGGUAAGACCAGGCGUAAAAAAAACAAAUCUCAUCAAUAACGGAAGCCAGCGACAGAAUUGAUUUCAACUUUGGACCAUCGGUGUGUUACAUCAUGUUAUUACUACUCUGUCAUUUGGUAGUGCAUCUCAAUAAAGUGGAAUCUUUUUGAAAGCUAAUUCAUCUCAGUAGUUCAGUUCAAAAAGUGAAACUCCUACUCUUCAUAUGCUGCAAAAACCUUUUGAGCCUUGACUAGUUCUCUUUGUCUUAAUUAAAGUCCUGACAUCCAAUUUCACAUAUUCUAAUUCAUUGAGAUGCGCUACUAUAAAUCCUUUACUUAAAAACUGUAAAACUUAGUUUUAGCGUAAAAACUAACUGUAACCAUCUUUACACCAAUCAACAUUAUCAGUUAGAAUGCUGAAAAUAAUUUUUCAUAAUACAUGUACAGUCAGUGUUAAUAAAUCUUUCAGUAUAUUGACGAUGUUGCUGAUACUCAUUAUCUUUGUGUUGAUAAACCGAGUCAUGUUAGGUGGUCUGAGGUACAUUGAUGGCGUAGAAAGCAGAGAAAGGACAGACUGCUUAGUUAAUACGGAUGUCGGGCUCAAGCUCAUCAGAUAAUGGAAGAGCAGCAGACCCACGAGUAAGAUGAGUAGUACGGGCCAACGAUCCUCAUUGACUCCUUCCAAGCCUUGCGCAGAAACAUCAAAAUGACCUGUUUCCCAGAUAGAUGUUUCAUACUCAACACUGAGAACAUUAUAGCAAUGUAUGUAUUAACAUUUUUCUUAUACUGUACAUGAGUGGAAAAAAAGGCAGCACAGGGUUAGUGCAUGUGCCUCACAAUACAAAGGUCUUGAGUUCAAUCCCGGGCUCGGUGUCUUUCUGUGUGGAGUUUGCAUGUUCUCCUCGUGACUGCGUGGGAUCCCUCCGGGUACUCCGGCUUCCUCCCACCUCCAAAGACAUGCACCUGGGGAUAAGUUGAUUAGCAACACUAAAUUGGCCAUAGUGUGUGAAUGUGAGCGUGAAUUUUGUCUGUCUAUCUGUGUUGGCCCUGCGAUGAGGUGGCGACUUGUCCAGGGUGUACCCCGCCAACCGCCCGAAUUCAGCUGAGAAAGGCUCCAGCACCCCCCCCCGCGACCCUGAAAGGGACAAGCUGUAGAAAAUGGAUGGAUAAGUGAAAAAAGGAACCAUCAUCACUGUAUAUGCAAAAGAGUUUGAGGCUUUUAGAAGACUGUUUCUCCGACUCUAGGGCUGUCUUGAGUAGCACGUCAGGAUAAUUUUUGGGGUUGACUUUUGUGCUUUUGAUUAGUUUCCCCUAAUUUAUGUUGGCUGGGAUGAGAAUGUGAGUAAUUGCGGAAGCUAGCACUGUUGUUCCUGGGCCCUAAAGCCACUUGAGCAAUUUUGGGAUCUGUUGCAUUCUUGAGACUAUAUGAUGAGUUUGUUGCUAGGGCUGCUUCAUUUCUCUGGGAGACAUUGGAAGGAAUUAUUUUUGGUUUGGGAGCAACAGGUGGGGGAUCUAUCUUAAACUUUCCUAUCACUGAGACAGCUCUGUCUGACUUUGACAUGUGUAGAAGAUUUUGACCUUCUGGGAUGACCGGAGGACACUUGACCAAGUCUAUUGUGUGAUCAACUCUAGGACACAAAGGUGUUUUAUUUGUGGAAGCGCUCACCCGUAGGUAAACAAGAGCAUCGUAGGAGAGAGGUCCUCGAGAUAAAGGACCCUGAGUUAUUUUACUGUAUUGUCCUUGAGUUUGGUUGCAGGAGUCCUCCCACCACAGUUUUUGCUGAAUGAAAUGUUUUUUUUAUUUUCCUUCAUCUGGAGACCAGCUUUGCCAUUAGGUUCAAAGGAAUUGGAACUGGGUUAGAGGUUAGAAGUUAGGUUAGGGUUAAGCCAAAGAAAAAGUAGAAAGGUUGGUUAAGGUUAGGGCUAGGCGUUGGGGUUGGGGCGAUAGAAGGAAAAGAGAAGUAAGAAGGGUGUGUGCUGUCCAUCGAUAGUCUGCCCGGCUCACACUCACGCCUCAUUGAAGCCCCCCGGAUGCCUGGUCCCAGCCUGGUGAUCCAGAGGCGCUACGCCCACAUACGUUGGGUGACGUUCCAUUUGGAAUUGACUUCCACCACACAUGGCCGGACGGAGGCCCACCUGUGCUGGAUUAAAUGCUGCACCAGGUCUCGCUGCCGCAGUCCGACACAAUGGGCCUGCCCGGAGGGAUCUCGUGGGGCCUGCUCCACUUGUGUGGCUCCUUGUGGAUUUUUGGGAGAAUGUAGAACCUGCGGGGGCGAGUGUCUGAUCCGCCCGAGAGGCUACGUCUCACGUCAGGUUGGCCGUGAUAGCAGGUGCGUAGCCCGACCCGAGCGAGGGGAUCUCAUCAGCCAGGACCAUCACAUGGAAGUCUGGAGGCAGCAGUCCAGAAAAGAUCUUGGACCAGCUAGGAGGCGUGCUGGGGAGAGACGGGGCCGGCGAAGGCGGCACAAGCUCCCGCUCCUCCGACUGUGAGUCCCGAGGUUUGGUGGGAGGCCCCCCAGGUGAGACUGGACACGGUUGUGCGCUGCAGACUGCAGGAGGGAGUUUGGCCGAGGUCUCUGCCCGUGGGCGGGGCUGAUGAGACGGGACCAAGGGAGCCUCCAGGAUGGAGUCGUCUGCAAGCCUGCUGCACGGGCCACGCUGUUGUGCCCCCCUCUGCGCUCUGGGUGGUUCAGUGACGAGGGGUGAAGGGGAUCGGGGUCACCAUCCCCCGCGGGCCCUCCCGUUGCUCCACCUCAGGGGACCAGUCCCUCCGUCAGCGUCGGUCAUGGUGGCCAUCAUCGGUAGCGGGGGCUGGGCAGGGCGCACCACCUCUGGUGUCAACCCAGACCGAGGCUAUUUGGGCCUUGGCUUGUUUCAGGGUCUCAGCCGCCAGUCUGUAUCCCAGAUGAGGCGGCGGAUGGUGGACCAGAAUCGCUUCGAAGCUGUCCGGAAGUCGUUUUCCACGGCUUCCCCAAACUCCUCCCAUGUCCGAGUUUUUGCCUCCCGGCGGAGUCCUACCAAGGACUAUAAAAAUGGGACCCAUUACCUCCCUGCUUGACACUCAGCAUCAAAUGUUGGAAUUGGGGGUUAAAUCACCAAAAAUGAUUCCCGGGCGUGGCCACCGCUGCUGCUCUAUGCUCCCCUCACCUCCCAGGGGGUGAACAAGGGUGAUGGGUCAAAUGCAAAUAAUAAUUUCGCCACACCUAGUGUGUGUGUUGACAAUCAUUGGUACUUUAACUUUAUAUUGCGUGUGGCAGUUAAUCUGUCAUUAAAACCUAAUUUUUGUAUUUUUAAACCUUACCAAAACGCCUGAUUCUAGUAAAAUUCACAUAGAUACAAUAUUACAGGCAUUUUUAGACAUAAUGCAUGUUUGGUUUUGGAGUUAGGUUUAUAUAACUUUCAUAUUUAGUAUGACAGUUAUACUGUCAUAUUAAGUAAAAAAACAAACUUGUUCCCAGCCGAUGCACAGGCGAGUGGUCUACCCCCCCCCCCCCCCCCCCUCCACAAGGAUUCUAAGACAUUACUGUCAUAUUGAGUAAAAAACUACUUUUUGUUUAAGCAAACCUUACAAAAUAUUUUUUUUCCCAGUAAAACUCAGAAAGAAACAUUUCUCCAGGCAAUAUUAGCCUUUUGCAUGUGUGGUUUAGGACUUAUGAUUAAAAAAACUGUCAUAUUGAGUGUGACAGUAUACUGUCAUAGUGAGUAAAACCCAUUUUUUGUAUUUGCAAACCAUACAAAAACAACUGAUUCUAGUAAAAAUCACAUAGAUGCAAUAUUACAGGCAUUUUUAGACAUAAUGCAUGUUUGGUUUUGGAGUUAUUUUUAUAUAACUUUCAUAUUUAGUAUGACAGUUAUACUGUCAUAUUGAAUAAAAAAAAACUAUCUUGUGUCUUUGCAAACCUUACAAAAGAUCAUUUUCUAGUAAAACUAACAAAGAUACAUGUCUCCAGGCAUUUUUAGCCAUUUUGCAUGUGUGGUUUAGAGUUAUGUUUUAAUAACUGUCAUAUUCAGUGUGACAGUAUACACAUAUAUAUAUAUAUAUAUAUAUAGUGAGUCAAACCCAAUAUUUGUAUUAGCAAACCUUACAAACAUAACUGAUUCUAGUAAAACUCACAUGGAUUCAAUAUUACAGGCAGUUUUACACAUUUUGCAUGUUGGUUAGUAAUUAUGAUGGAAUACAAUUGUUUUUGCUUUUUUCACAUUAUCUCAGGAUUUUAAGAACAUUAUGGUCAUAUUGGGUAAAAAACUACUUUUUGUGUUUAGCCUCAGAUAAAGCAUAUGUUUUGAGUAAAACACACAAGGAUGCAUUAUUUCAGGAAUUAUUAGCCAUUUUUCAUGUCUGAUUAAGGAGUUUUCAAACAGUCAGUUCAAACCCCGGCCGAGUCAUACCAAAGACUAUAAAAAUGGGACCCAUUACCUCCCUGCUUGGCACUCAAUAUCAAGGGUUGAAAUUGGGGGUUAAAUCACCUAAAAUGAUUCCGGGGCGCAGCCACCGCUGCUCUAUGCUCCCUUCACCUCCCAGGGGGUGAUCAAGGGUGAUGGGUCAAAUGCAGAGAAAAAUUUUGCCACACCUAGUGUGUGUGUGACAAUCAUUGGUACUUUAACUUUAUAUUGCGUGUGGCAGUUAUACUGUCAUUAAAACCUAAUUUUUGUAAUUUUAAACCUUACCAAAACGCCUGAUUCUAGUAAAAUUCACAUAGAUACAAUAUUACAGGCAUUUUUAGACAUAAUGCAUGUUUGGUUUUGGAGUUAGGUUUAUAUAACUUUCAUAUUUAGUAUGACAGUUAUACUGUCAUAUUAAGUAAAAAAACAAACUUGUGUCUUUGCAAAUCUUCCAGAAUAUUUUUUUCCAGUACAACUCACAAAGAUACAUUUCUCCAGACAUUAUUAGCCAUUUUGCAUGUGUGGUUUAGGAGUUAUGUUUUAAUAACUGUCAUAUUCAGUGUGAUAGUAUACUGUCAUAGUGAGUAAAACCUAAUUUUUGUAUUUGCAAACCUUACAAAAACAACUGAUUCUCGUAAAACUCGCAUUGAUUCAUUAUUACAGGCAUUUUUAGACAUUUUGCAUGUUUGGUUUAGGAAUUAUGAUGGAAUACAUUUUUAUUGCUUUUUUCGCAUUAUUUCAGGAUUCUAAGACAUUACUGUCAUAUUGAGUAAAAAACUACUUUUUGUUUAAGCAAACCUUACAAAAUAUUUUUUUACAGUAAAACUCAGAAAGAAACAUUUCUCCAGGCAAUAUUAGCCAUUUUGCAUGUGUGGUUUAGGACUUAUGAUUAAAAAGCUGUCAUAUUGAGUGUGACAGUAUACUGUCAUAGUGAGUAAAACCCAUUUUUUGUAUUUGCAAACCAUACAAAAACAACUGAUUCUAGUAAAAACCAAAUAGAUGCAAUAUUACAGGCAUUUUUAGACAUAAUGCAUGUUUGGUUUUGGAGUUAUUUUUAUAUAACUUUCAUAUUUAGUAUGACAGUUAUACUGUCAUAUUGAAUUAAAAAAAAACUAACUUGUGUCUUUGCAAACCUUACAAAAGAUCAUUUUCUAGUAAAACUAACAAAGAUACAUGUCUCCAGGCAUUUUUUAGCCAUUUUGCAUGUGUGGUUUAGGAGUUAUGUUUUAAUAACUGUCAUAUUCAGUGUGACAGUAUACACAUAUAUAUAUAUAUAUAUAUAUAGUGAGUCAAACCCAAUAUUUGUAUUUGCAAACCUUACAAACAUAACUGAUUCUAGUAAAACUCACAUGCAUUCAAUAUUACAGGCAUUUUUACACAUUUUGCAUGUUGGUUAGUAAUUAUGAUGGAAUACAAUUGUUUUUGCUUUUUUCACAUUAUCUCAGGAUUUUAAGAACAUUAUGGUCAUACUGGGUAAAAAACUACUUUUUGUG